GCAACUUAAAGGCAUACGGCAUGCUAUUCUAAUUGGUGACGAGUGUCAGCUACCAGCAAUGGUUACUAGCAAGAAGUCUAUUUGAAAGGUUGAGUUCGUUGGGACAUUCAAAGCACCUUCUCAACAUUCAGUACAGAAUGCAUCCUAAAAUAAGUGCUUUUCCAAAUGGCAACUUUUAUAGAAACCAGAUUUUAAACGCUCCCAACGUUCUCUGCAAAAGUUAUCAAAGAUCCUAUCUUCAAGGACCUAUGUUUGGUCCAUACUCGUUUAUAAGCACUUCUGAUGGAAGAGAUGAACAAGAUAAUGUUGCACAUAGCAGGAAAAAUAUGGUGGAAGUAGCAAUUACUCUGAAGAUUGUACGGAAGCUUUUUAGAGCAUGGGAUGGCGCAAGAGAGAAGCUAACGAUUGGAAUAAUAUCCCCAUAUGCUGCUCAAGUAGCUGCAAUUCAAGAGAAACUUGGACACAAAUAUGAGAAAUUCGAAUAUUUCGCUGUGAGGGUGAAGUCUAUUGAUGGCUUCCAGGGCGGCGAAGAGGAUAUCAUAAUAAUCUCUACUGUCAGAUCUAACAGGGAAGGAUCUAUUGGAUUCCUAUCUAAUCUUCAACGAACUAAUGUUGCUUUGACUAGGGCACGGCGCUGUCUUUGGAUUUUGGGUGAUGGGAAAACUCUGCUUAGAAGUGGAUCUUGCUGGAGCGCAUUAGUUUCUGAUGCUAAAAAUCGGCAUUGUUUAUUUAAUGCUGGUGAAGAUAAAGAUCUUGCUAAUGCAGCAUUGAAAGCCAAGAAAGAACUUGAUCAAUUGGAUGACUUAUUGAAAGGAGAUAGCAUACUCUUCAAAACUGCAAAGUGGAAGGUUUUGUUUAGUGAUAACUUUAGAAAGUCUUUCAUGAGAUUGAAAUCGUUUCAGACCCAAAAGUCGGUUAUCAAUUUGUUGCUUAAGCUUUCCAAUGGCUGGAGCCCGAAGAAAAUGGACUCUGUUUGUGGAAACACCUUGCAGCUCGUGAAACAGGUUAAGGUUGGACGACUAUAUGUUAUUUCUGUCGAUAUUGCGAAGUAUUCAAGCUAUGUCCAAGUAUUGAAGAUAUGGGAUAUCUUAUCUCUGGAGGAGAUGCCGAAACUUGUUAAGCGUCUUGAUAGCAUCUUUAGCAUGUACACAGACGAUUUCAUCAACCGCUGUAAAGAAAAAAAGGCUGAUGGGGAUAUGGACGUGCCAGUGAUCUGGGAACCAUGUAAUGAAGUUGUUCGAUAUAAUACAAGAAAUGAGUCGUCUAGUGGGUUGAGUGUUGCAGAAUUUGACGGAAGAAGCUAUCUUGAAAACUCAAAAGUGAACGAGAGCCUACUAUUGAUGAAAUUCUACUCUUUAUCAUCUGGUGUCGUGAGCCAUUUGUUAUCUGGAAGUGAUGGCAGAGAACUUGAUCUUCCUUUUGAAAUGACUGAUCAAGAAUUGGAAAUAACUCUUUUUCCAAGAAGUAGUUUUAUUCUUGGAAGAUCUGGAACUGGGAAAACAACUAUCUUAACCAUGAAAUUGUUUCAGAAGGAGCAGCAACACUAUUUCUCUUUGGAAGGGUUGUCUGAGGGUACAUGUUCUACGUCUGCUUCCCCAAAGAAUUGGAUGAGAGAGGGUCUUGGAGCGACAAACGGAACCAACCUACGACAAAUGUUUGUAACUGUCAGCCCUCAACUAUGUUCUGCUAUCAAGAAUCAAAUUUCAAAUUUGAAAAGUUUUAUCUGCGGCGGGAAAUUGUCAGCAGAAAAUAAGUUUACUGAUAUGCAUGACAUUGAUGAUACCAUUGGGUUCAGUAGCAUCCCCAAUUCUUUCAUUGACCUACCACUUGAUUGCUACCCACUUGUCAUAACGUUUCAGAAGUUCUUACUGAUGCUUGACGGAAGCAUGGAGGAUUCAUAUUUUGACAGAUUCAAUGAUGUAAGGGAGUUUUGUGUGGAAAAUACUGGAACACGUAGGACUUUUGCCUUAAAUGCUUUUAUUAUAUCAAAGGAGGUUAAUUACGACCGGUUUAAUUCAUUUUACUGGCCGCAUUUCAACUGUCACUUGACCAGAAAACUUGACUCUUCAACUGUUUUUGUUGAGAUAAUGUCUCACAUAAAAGGUGGGCUGAUUGCUGGUAGAGUUCCUAAUGGCAAACUCAUCCGGGGGGAUUAUUUGUUGCUAUCUGAGGGACGGGUUUCCACUUUAAGCAAGGAUUUAAGAGAGAUGAUUUAUGAUAUUUUUCUUGAUCAUGAGAAGAAGAAGCUACUGAAUGGUGAGUUUGAUUUUGCUGAUUUAGUCAUGGACCUUCAUCAACGACUGUGAAAAGGGAUCUAUCGGGGUGAUCAAAUGGAUUUUGUAU